CACAGGGGUCACUGCGCCCCCUCCCCCCCCCAGCAGGGACACCCGUGUCACCGUGUGCCCCCCCCUCACUGCCGGUCCCACAGGGGCAUCCCUGGGAAGAAGUGCGGCACCAUCAUCCUCCUCGCCGAGGAGCUGGGCAACUGCAGGGACGUGGCCACGCUGCAGUUCUGCGCCAACAAGCUGGACAAGAAGGAUUUCUUCGGCAAGUCCGACCCCUUCAUGGUCUUCUACCGGAGCAACGAGGACGGGACCUUCACCAUCUGCCACAAGACAGAGGUGGUGAGGAACACGCUGAACCCGGUCUGGCCGGCCUUCGCCAUCCCCGUGCGCGCCCUCUGCAACGGCGACUACGACCGGGCCAUCAAGGUGGAGGUGUACGACUGGGACCGUGACGGCAGCCACGACUUCAUCGGCGAGUUCACCACCAGCUACCGGGAGCUGGCGCGGGGGCAGAGCCAGUUCAACGUCUACGAGGUGACGCUGCUGUCCUUCGCCGUGGAGUCCGACCACACCUUCCUGGACUACAUCAGGGGCGGGACCCAAAUCAACUUCACGGUGGCCAUCGACUUCACCGCGUCCAACGGCAACCCCUCGCAGUCCACCUCGCUGCACUACCUGAGCCCCUACCAGCUCAACGCCUACACCAUGGCGCUCAAGGCGGUGGGCGAGAUCAUCCAGGACUACGACAGUGACAAGAUGUUCCCGGCGCUCGGCUUCGGCGCCAAGAUCCCUCCGGACGGGCGCGUGUCCCACGAGUUCCCGCUGAACGGCGACGCGGCCAACCCCUCGUGCAGCGGCAUCGAGGGCAUCCUGGAGGCCUAUCACCGGAGCCUGCGCAGCGUCCAGCUCUACGGCCCCACCAACUUCGCUCCCGUGGUCAACCACGUGGCGCGCUCGGCCGCGGCGGUGCCCGACGGCUCCCAGUACUUCGUGCUCCUCAUCAUCACCGACGGCGUCAUCUCGGACAUGGCGCAGACCAAGGAGGCCAUCGUCAACGUGAGUCCUGCGCCGCGGGGCUGGGGGGGGUGCAGUGCCCAGCUGGGUGCGUGGGGUGCCCCAAAACGCUGGGGUGAGGCUGGGUGCACGGGCUGGGGACAGGGGGUGCCCCAAAGCACCAGGGUGCGCUCCCUGCCAAGGGACACCCCAGGGUAUUGGGGUGCAAUGAUCGGCCGGGCGCAGGGGGUGCCCUGUGCUGGGGUGCUCCAACCAGGCAGAAGCUCGGGGGGGGGGGGGGCAGGAUCCUGGUGCACAAGCAGAGGCUGGGGUGCAGGGUGCAGUAACCAAAUACGUGAGCUUUUUCUGUCCUCUGCCCCCUCCUCCCACGCACCAGGCAGGAGGAUUGGGUCCGCGCUUCCCAGCAAUUCGGCUGCCGGCCAGGGCAGGAGG